AUGCUACGUAAACUUCCCUUUGGCAUUAUUACUAAGGUGUGUGGCUGCAAAACUUCAGCAAGAGGCUCCUCUCUCUUCAUAAACGGUGCUAAAGCUACCGAAACCUUUACUUAUGUAACUCCGUACAUUGAUUUUUCUGAACGAAUUCAACAAAGAGAUGUCAUUCAGGAACAAUUAGCCAGAAGAAAAUCUGACGUCAAUCUGAGUAAAAUAGAAAACCUGUGGACUGUAUAUGAAGACUUGAAGAACCGUAAAGCUGAAUUGGAAAAGAAGAAAGCAGAAAUAUCCAAGGAAAUAGGGAAGCUUGUUAAGACAGAUCCAGAUGGUGAUGCAACUAAGAAAUUCAAACUACAAAUCAGUCUUGUCAAAGACAACAUUAGAAAACUCAAGGUUCCAUUGUGGUCAGCCGAAGAAGCAGCUAUCGUAGAAAUAUUGAAAUUACCAAAUACUUUGCACUCUCUUACACCUGAAAAAGACAAAGUUUUAUACACUCAUCUAAAUCCACCGAGUAACAAAAAAGAUCAUUUGAAAAUUGGUAAAGACCGUAACCUACUUCACUUUAAAAAGAAUGAGAAUUAUUAUCUCAAAGGUGAUGCAGCUGUAUUUGAACUUGGAGCAAAAUUUUACUUCAGUGGUUUGCUGAAAAAACGAGAUUUUAUCCAGCAUUCUAAUCCAGACUUUGUGAAGAGCUUAAUAGUGGAAGGUUGUGGUGGAGAUCAUACUAGUCCUGAUGCAACAUUUAUUUUACAUCAUAAUGAAGACUCCAAAGUCAGUGUGGACAACCGCUUACACUUGACUGGGGGAGGAUCACUUUGUUCGUAUUUAGCUUACUUCGCUAAAAACAUUUUGUAUCCUAAAGUGUUUCCUUUGAAGUGCUUUUCAAUGGGGCGUCAGUAUAUACCAUCACCAUCUGAUGAAGACAGCCUGUUUCAUGUCAGCCAAUCUUCUGUGGUACAGGUUUUUGGAGCUACAAAAACUGCUGACGACCUGGACAAGAUGCUGGAGGAACUAAUUGACAUUAUGAAAGUUGCAUAUGGUCAGUUUGGUUAUCAUUUCCGCUUGAGUAUUGUGGCUGCUGAUAAACUACAAAUGUGGGAGUCACUAAGACUUGCUGUGGAGAUGUUUUCGACGUCUUUAAACGAUUAUGUUGAAGUCGCGAAUGUUUCAAUGAGUGGAGACUUUAUAAGCAAACGGUUACAGUUCACAUACGUUGAAGAUAAGCAAAGCAAAUUCCCUCAUGUAAUUUCUGGAACAAUUCUUAAUGUACCCAAGUUUUUGGGUUGCGUUUUGGAGCAAGAUCACGAUUUUUCCCUUCCUGAUGUGUUUAAGGUGGAAAAUUGGGCUCUUAAUUAAUAAUAUCCUAGGAUAUAACAGAUAUUUAAUAAAAAUAAAUGUUUUUUUUAGAAAA